CUUUUCCUAAUCGAUUCGCUUGUGUGGCGCCCGGUGCGCUAGUAGAUCUUAAAUCUGAAUCAUCGUAAUCACGUAUCCUCCACCGAAUCCGUCUCUCAAAGUCUCUGCCCUUUGGAUUCAGUUUUGGUCGGAAACUUCUCAAACGUUCACCUUCAAGCCAGAGUCUUUUCUCGAUGCUCCCUCGGAUCAUUCUAGUAGGACUGAUUUUACUGCAGGAGACGACUUCAAUACCUUCUCAAGGAAAUAACAAGCUGGAGAAGAGAGGCACUCCGGAAGACAGCACGAAAGCUGCUCAAGAUCUCAAAAUAAUCAAAGAUGAGGUGGAAAAGGGUCUGAAAGAGAUGGGGAAAUAUCUGAAAGAAGUCAAGGACGCAGCAGCUAAGAAAGGGGCCCUCAAGCCUGAUUCAGAGCUAGAUAAAGUAAUAAGCGUCUUGGAACCCGCCCUCAAACAAGGUGCAGGUGCAAUAUCCGAAAUUGGAAAGAACUUGGCCAAAGGACUCCCACCGGAGGCCGGGAAGAAUCCAAAGGCCCUAGCGGCACAACAAUUAAAAAUAGCCGUGGAAGGCUCGUCCAAGCUUGUGACACUGGUGACGGAUAUACCUAAUGCCGCCGUUCCUCUACAAGCAUACGAAAACGCUUUUCAACUUGUGGUUCAAGCUGGGUUGCAAUUGUUAGCAGGCGGAAAACCAAACCCCAAGAAACCAGAUGACAAGUCUAAAACAGACUCCCUAAUCGAUAAAUCUAACACGGAGACCAAGAAAGUCAAUCCACCAAACGUAUUAGUCUCUUCUUUAUCGACUUCAAGUUUUUUUGUAAAUUCAACACCGUCGGAGCCCGAACCAAAGAACUUGGCUGUGAUCCCUAAACCUCAAGCUCUGAACGGUACUACACCUCCCAUUGGAACUCCCGGAAAAGAAGAAAAGACGGAGAAACCAGUUUUAAAAUCCGACCUGACUUCAAUGUCAAAUGCACUACAAAUACCUACUUGGAGCCUACAAAUCUCACUCUGUUUUUUGAUACAGACAGGGCUAUUUUGGACUUCCAGCCUACUAUGAUGAUUAGAAGGAAAGCUUAACAAGUAACAUAUAAGUUUUUGUGAGGAUCAUGGUUAGUCUGAAAUAAAUUCAACUGGUCAAUAUCAUUACCUCAUCAGAAUCCUUCCAUGUCUGUGGAUCUUGGUCCAGAUUUCAAUGUAGUCUUAGACAAACCGAUGUCAAAACCUUGGACCUCUCCCAUGCAUUAGGAGAACUCCGAUAUCGCGCUUGAAUUAAUGUUUGUAUCUCUAAAAUGUUGUACAUUGUAAUUACCUUUGAUUUUUCAGAG